UCCAGAAUCACAGAGCAAUUGCCUCCAAGCUCCAUCAAUGGCGGCGACCGCCUCCAACUCCCUCUCCCUCAAAGAGUACCUCAAGCGCUACGAUUCCGGGGCCAAUGAUGCAAAGACAACGAAGAAGAAGAAGAAAAAGAAGGUUUCCAAACCUAACUCCACCACCGCCGGUGUUCUCAUCGUCGAUGAAGACCCUGUAUGGCAGAAGACCGUACAGGUCGAAGAGUCCGAACCGGAAUCCCCUGGCGAGGAGGAGCCUCAGAUCGAGGAGGACAUCGAGGUGAAGCGGAUGAAGAGAUUGGAGGCGAUUAGGGCUCGGAAACCCUAUCAUGGAAUCUCUGAAGAUGGGAGCGGGUGGAUCUCGGUUUCAGAACCUCCACAGGAGUCGGAUUCCAGAGAGAAUGGUCCUGAUUUGUCACCUCCUCGCCAGCGCCGUCGUAGAGUUGAUACGCCAUCGCCGGAGCGUGAUGUUGAGCCGGUCUGUGAUCCCUCGCCGCCCCGGAGAAUGGCCAGGCAGUGUUCUCCAUCUCGAGGAUCUCCAAGUGGGGAUCUUUCUCCGCCUCGCCAGGUACAACACCGCUCGGAGGAUCCCGACAGUGAUCUCUCCCCACCUCGCCGGCGACGAUCACAGGAUGCCGACCUUUCUCCUCCUAGGAGAAGUCGGAAGGGGCCAGAUAGCGAUCUCUCGCCGCCACCCCGCCAGGUGCGCCGCCGGUCGGAAGAUCCAGAGCGUGAUCUCUCCCCACCUCGCCGCCGAAGAUCUCAGGAUGCUGACCUUUCUCCUCCUAGGAGACGUCGGAAGGGGCCAGAGAGCGAUCUCUCGCCACCACCUCGCCAGGUGCACCGCCGGCCGGAAGAUCCAGAGCGUGAUCUCUCCCCACCUCGCCGCCGAAGAUCUCAGGAUGCUGACCUUUCUCCUCCUAGGAGAAGUCGGAAGGGGCCAGAUAGCGAUCUCUCGCCGCCACGACGUCGGCUGAAUUCUCAAAAUGAUGAUCUUUCCCCCCGUAGUAGAAAUCAGAAGGACCAAGCUGCAGCAAAGGAGGGAAAGGCAGCGAGGGCGGGGUUGUUUUCAGCCAAUGAGAUUAAACAAGAGCUGGACAGGAAGAAGAAGGAGGAGUUAUCUCGAUUUGCGGCCAUGGAUCCAUCUGUGAGUGGAAGAGGCGCUGAACCUGUGUUCCGUGACAAGGAGGGGAAACGUAUAUCUAAGGAGGAGAAGCUGAAAUCAAAGGAACCAGAAGAGAAACCUAAGGAAAAGAAAUUGGAAUGGGGCAAAGGUCUUGCACAGCAGCGAGGAAUUGAAGCCCUAGCAAGAGAGCUAGAACUUGAGAAGAAUAAACCCUUUGCACGAACUAGGGAUGAUCCUGAACUUGAUGCAAUGUUGAAGGAGAGAGUUAGAUGGGGUGAUCCAAUGGCGCAUUUGGUUAAGCGAAAACACUCAGAGCUUGUUCUAGAAGAUCUUGGUGAAAAUGAGAAGAUGAAAGAAUCAGGUUUUAUUGUUCCCCAAACAAUUCCACAACACAGCUGGUUAAAAAGGGGGCUGGAUUUCCCUCCAAAUCGCUAUGGAAUUCGACCAGGUCGGCAUUGGGAUGGAGUGGAUCGAAGCAAUGGAUCUGAGAAGGAAUUUUUCAAGAGACAGAAUGAGAAACGAGCCACAGAGAGUGAAGCUUAUCUUUGGUCUGUAUCUGAUAUGUGAAAAAUGACACAAUUAUGUCCAUCUGCAACUUCAAUCAGGAUGUCAUCUUCAGUUUCUUCCACUAUUCGGAAAUUUGUAUUUCACAAGUACACUCAAUUUAUUUUUCAGCCUCAAACCUUGUGCUGUACAUAAGUGUCCUGUUUUAACUUCAUUGUGAAGGGCCAUUUGGAGCUGUUAAACAGACCAUCAAUGAGCAAAGCACUGCAUGGGAUCUAUGAAAAUUGAAACGUGGCUUUGUAACAAAAGGUGUUUUUGAUGUACCAUUAUUAUUCAGAAAUAAAUGAAAGUUAGAGAACAUUUCCACAUAUU